AUGGACCGACUCGACGUCGCUCCGGAUGGCGACCUCAUCCUCGUGGUGAACGACAAGCUCGAGCUGCGAGUCUACUCCUGCGUCCUCCGCCUCACUUCGCCGGUCUUCAAGGCGAUGCUCAGCCCUGACUUUGCUGAAGGCCAAGCUCGAGGAACCGCCUCGGCGCCUCAGAUGCUCCCUCUGCCAGAAGACAAUGCGGAAGGUAUGCGCCUCUUGUGCCUAGCGCUACACCAGGCCAACAAAGACCUGCCACAGAGCAUGCCAACCGCAGAGCUACUACGAUUUGCUACUGUGGUCGACAAGUACCAAUGCUCUUCAUCAGUCUGGAGCCACUCACAAGCAUGGCUGGGGGGAUAUCAAGACUCGAGCCAGAUUGAGGCUUUCCUUCUGAGCGCUGUGUAUAAGCUGGAUGACGCAAAGGCUUUUCAUCGUUUGACAGAGGAGAUGAUACGUCUCCGGCCGGAGGACAUUGCUGUUGUAAUUGAGCAAGCAAAUGAAGCACCAGAGGCAAACACGAAAGCAAUCGAUGCUGUGGCGACACACCUUGCUGAGGUAACCAUGAGACUUGAGAAAGCCAUCUCAUGGUGCGUGGAAGACAUAUCCGAGUACAUGAUGUCGCAAUGGGACCACCAUGUAGACGGCGUGCCGGGCUACCCAGACGAAGACGACGGAAAUUUGAGGAUAUUCAACCAAACAACAGGCGACAACAAGCCGUGCCAUUACCUUGAGAGUCUUGUGCGGCUCCACCUUCGUGCCUUAGAUUCGGCAAGAAUCUGGCCGCGCACAUCGCGAGCGGGAAGUCUGGAAGCUCUGAUCGAAGCAAUCAAUACUCUCAACAGCAUCGAAGACUCCGGGAGCCAUGUCUGUCGGUUCUGCCUCUGCCAGAAUGCCAUUGGUAGCAUGCGUGAAAGCAUUGUGGAGAUGAGGGAGGAAGCGAACAAAUGCUCAGCUUCUCUAUGCUUGAAUUGCGUGAAGAAUGGUGGAGCUCCACCUCUGAACGGAGUCUGUCGGAUCAGCCAUGGAUGA